UUUUUUUUUUUUCCUCUUUUCCUUUUUUCCUUUUUUUUUCGUUUUUAUUUUAUUUUAUUUUAUUUUUAUUUUCUUUCCUUUCCUUUAUAUAAAACCAUGCAAGAAAAGUCAGAUUUGACGACACUUUUACCGAAUUCUUCUACAACAACAACAAGACGACCCAGUCUCAAGUUCAUCUUUGCCCCUGUUCAACAUAAUGUACCACCUCCCAGUACAACGAAUAAGAUUAUCUUGGAUUAUCUUUUAUAUUUAUCUAUUCAAUCUAGAUUGAAACAAGCACAAAUUGAAUUAUUGGAAUUGACUAGUCCUUUACAAGAUAAAGACAAGGAUGCUAUUCAAGUUAGAAAACAACGUUGGGUAGCUACAGCAACUAAAGCAGAACAAGAUAAAAAUGCAGUGGAAUCUAUUGUAGCCGGCAUUUUAUCAAGUCAACGUAAUAAACGACCUUCUUUUCAGAUCGACAGUCAUUUUGAACAGCGCCUUCACCUUUGUCAACUGACAAAUUUGAUAUUUGGAAGAUUGGAUACAUCAACUAGUAGUCAACACGUGAUUCAUUCUUCCUCUUCUACCCGACGUCGACGUCGUCGUCAUCAUCAUCACCAUCAUCACCAUCAUCAUCACAAUGAUACUGAUCAAGAUACAAGUACUUGUAGAUGGACUCAUAUGAUUAUACCAAAUUAUUGUCGACGACAUCGAUUACAAAAAUGUGUGACUUGUCAAGAUAAUAAUAAUAAACAAUCAUUACCACCUGGAUUAGUAGAAGCCAUCCCAACUUUUCUUAAAACAAGUGCUGAUAUGUUACGACAAACCUUGGAAACGAAUUCUGAUGAUGAUGAUGAAGCUAUGAAAAAAGAACCUUUGAUUUUUGCUGGACAAAAAGUGAUGGGUGGUGGUAUGCCUCCAAGAUGGUAUGACUUAUUUUUGGAAUUAUUGACUCAGGCUGCUAUUGAAAGUUACUUGUGUGAUAUGCAAACUGGUUUGGAAUCUAUUUAUGAAAUCUUUUCUUAUGGUGAUGUGGAAGAUGAAGAUGAACCUGAUCAUCAUAUCAACAACGAUGAUUCUUUGGAUGAUACUUCAACAACACAACAAAAACGUACUCCUGAAGAUGAUGAGGAUGACGAUGAUGAUGAUUUAGAAAAUGAUUGGGGGAUUAAGGCGGCUGAUCAUCAUUUAUUAUUCCCAAAGACUCGUACAAUGUAUUUAUUCAAAACUCAAGUCCGUGAACGUGAAAAAGAGUUUUUGGUUAUUGAAAAAGACGUCAGCUUACAUCAACAUUUUGCAAAAUUGGCAAAACGAUAUCCAUUGGAAACCUUUGAAAAGAAUAUAGGUGAAUUCAUUCAAAUGCUCCAUAAUACUAUGGCUGUUCCUGCUUUGGACAACAAGGUAAAAAAAAAAAAAAAAUAGAACAUUUUCAUUUUGUCUCCAACUUUUUUUUUCUUUUAUUGGUUUAGUAUGAUCAUCAUGGUCAUGAUGAAUCUACGGUUUCUUCAUUCGAUAACAAUAAAUCAACAUCUUCUGAAUCUCCAUCCUCUCGUUCUGUUUACAAGUAUCCUGGAGAUGGAUCUCUCCUUAUGCCGGAAAUCCCCGAUGACGAAAGUGAUGACAGUAAUGAUGAUAACGAUCAAGACCAGGAUACAAAUGAACACAAUAAACGUCGUGCAUCUGUUACCUUGACCAAUGAUGCAAAGAAACAAAACACUCAUCGAUGAAAUGAGUUACAUAUUUUAUUCUUUUUACUCUCCCUACAUAUAUAUAUAUAUAGUUUUAGUUUGAUACUCUUUUUUUUUUUUUAUAAUCAUAAUAAACAGUUUACCAAUUUUAUGUACCUUUGGGAAAAAAA